AUGAGACGUGAAGCAAUUUCCUCCAAUCGCCGCUCAAACGCCGCUAUCUUAGUGAUUACUUCCAGUCCUGAUCAUCACGCUGAGUUCUAUAAAACUGGAGGAGGGCCCUCUGAACCAAAACAAACUGAUGAAUCUAAAGCAAAAGACCUUCUUAAGGCCCAGUUGGAGCCAAAUCCUUCUGAAUAUGAUUCUUUGUCGGUUUAUCGCAAAAAAGUGGAGCUGCCACGGUUGGGUGUUAUCGUUCCUCCACUGCUCCAGCGUUCCGCUGCCACAAUUGGGCCCUAUCGUUCCUCAACUGCUCCACCGCUCCGCCGCCACACUUGGACAGUAACGCUACUCUGCCACUGGGACAGUAUCCGCAUGCUGGAUCAACCCUACAUGACAGACCUGAUUGAAGCUAAUUCGAUGGGACAUGAACCCAAUCUUAUUGACAUAUACUCUGCCUCCUGGGGACCCACUGAUGAUGGCAAGACUGUGGAUGGGCCAAGAAAUGCAACUAUGAGGGCUAUUGUUAAAGGAGUCAACGAGGGAAGAAAUGGUCUUGGAAACAUAUAUGUCUGGGCAAGCGGAGAUGGUGGUGAGGAAGAUGAUUGUAACUGUGAUGGAUAUGCAGCAUCAAUGUGGACUAUUUCUAUUAAUAGCGCAAUUAAUGAUGGACAAAAUGCUCAUUAUGAUGAAAGCUGUUCGUCAACUCUUGCAUCAACUUUUAGUAAUGGGGCUAAAGAUCCCAAUACAGGGGUGGCAACUACUGAUCUUUAUGGGAAGUGUACCACGACUCAUUCAGGCACAUCAGCUGCAGCACCUGAAGCUGCUGGAGUGUUUGCUCUUGCCUUAGAAGCCAAUCCCGAAAUUUCAUGGAGAGAUAUUCAGCAUUUAACUGUUCUUACUUCAAAAAGGAAUUCUUUAUUUGAUGCAAAAAACAGGUUUCAUUGGACUAUGAAUGGGGUAGGUCUUGAGUUUAAUCAUCUCUUUGGAUUUGGAGUUCUUGAUGCUGGAGCUAUGGUCGCCCUUGCAAAACAAUGGAAAACUGUUCCUGCAAGGUAUCACUGUGAAGCAGGGAGUGUUAAGCAAAUGCAGUAA